AUGUUAGCGGGAUUUGGCCGAUUAUUUAUUGUUAUCACCACUAAUACAACAACGACGUUAAGUAGUAUGCGGCAAUGUGCAAUGAUACCGUGGAAUGUAUUGCAAAUAUGGGCAGAACCACUUUCUGCUAUGGUUCUUUUAAUCAUUAGCGUCGACCGAUUAGCUUCAUUAGUGAGUCCUCUUAAAUAUCGUAAAUAUGGACGUCAUUUUCAAAUUUUCCAGGUUUCUAUGGCCGUAUCAAUUGUCGCAUCGUUAGUUUUGCCUAGUUGGAUCCAUUCAUGGGGUGAAGUUGCUUUAGAACAUUCGCCAAUAUGUUGGACUGCAUCUGGCAUUGCACCGAAAUUCAACACCAUAUUCUUCCUAAUUCGAAUUAUUUGCUCAAGUGCAAGCGUUGUUGUUUAUGUUAUUCUUUGGAUAAUAUUUCGACAUUAUUUCUCAGAAAGAAUGACGAAUAAUUCAAAUUCGAAUUCCGCUUUAUAUCUGAGAAUGCAACGUCGAUUUACUGUAACAAUGGGUAUUUGGGGAAUUUUUACAAUGAUUUUAUACGUAUUACCAGUAAUAAUAACUUCUAUUACAAAUUCUCUACAAAUCGAAGCAUUAAAUGAAUUUGCUACUAUUCUUUUAACAUUUACUUCAAAUAUUAAUCCCGUCGUAGAUUUAAUCGUUCUAUUAUGGCGUCAAAAUGAUAUAAAUAGCGCAAUGGCUAAAAUUCUACCAUUUGUAAAAAUAUUUCGGCAUAAAUCAACUAUUGAUACGUCUCUAAAAUAA